AUGUCGUCGCGAACGGGGCAGCGUGGCACGUCAGUUGCGACCAGCCAGCGGAAACAUCGCUCGCGGUCCACCACGAGAUACGACAUGGAGAAAAAACCGAAGAAGAAGGACUUCAGGACAUCAGGCACCACUAGCCUGGUGUCCAUCCCCAAUAGCAUCAAACUACCCAUGCUCAACAGUGGCCUCAUAUCGCUUGCGGACGAAAACGGAUCCAUUUCGGAGACGAUACCGGACCGGCCCGUCGAACUCAAAAACUUUCCAAAACUCUGCGACCAGCGGAGAAAAUACCCUGUUUUAUACAAACUAGAGUUCCAAACAGCGGUCAAAGUGGAGACGCACUCCUGUCGACACGCUACUAAGAAGACAAAUUCACAUAAAAAUCAAAAUCAGAAAGUCAUACCUUACGACUACAACCGCGUGGUGCUAGAGACGGUGGACCGGGAGCCUGACUCCGACUACAUUAAUGCUUCCUACAUAGAUAGUAUAUUAAAACCAAAUGCGUACAUCGUAACUCAGGGUCCAACUGAAGACACAGUGGUGGAUUUCUGGCGAAUGAUAUGGCAGGAGCGGGCGGCAGCCAUUGUUAUGCUCACUAAAACUUUCGAUUUUAUCAAGGUGAUGUGCGUGCAGUACUGGCCACCCAACAAGGAAAAGGAUGAGACGUACGGAGACAUCAGCGUGGGCAUCGUGCAGGAGGAGGAGCUCGCCAACUUCCACAUACGCACCUUCAGACUGUACAAGAGCGAAAAGAAUGUGGUGGUAGAAGAGCGCUUCAUCCUCCAGUUCCACUACACACAAUGGCACUCCCACACCUGUCCGUUCAGCAACGCCCUGCUGGAGUUCAGACGCCGAGUGCGCGCCGUGGUCGGCAGGAGACUUGCCACCAACCCUGCUGCAGGACCUAUGGUGGUGCAUUGCAAUGACGGUGGCGGUCGGUCGGGCGUCUACUUGGCUAUUGACGCAAAUCUCGAGCUUGCUGAAGAAGAAGACUGCUUCGACGUGUUCGGAUUCUUGAAGAAACUCCGACAAUCACGGAAAGGACUUAUAGAAAAUGAGGAACAAUACAAAUUCGUAUACGACACGUUAGAAGAACACGUGGUCUGUGGGGUAUCCUGGUUCCCAGUCUCAGAGUUAUCUCAGAGACUGAAGCAGAAGUCUCAAAGGGACCCGGUCUCGAAGCUCAAUGAAUACCAGAAGGAGUAUCAGCAGAUCUGCAAACAAACUCCUCGGUUCACGAUAGGAGACUGUGCUGGUGGACACCGUGGGGAUAAUCGGGAGAAAAACCGAGAUGUGCUCGUAGUGCCUCCUGACAACUUUCGUCCAUACUUGACGUCGUUCCAAGGGAACAGCUUCACCGACUACAUCAACGCGGUCUUCGUAGACGGUUACACAAAACCUCGUGAGUACAUAGUAACAGAGUGGCCUCUAGUGAGGACCCAGGGAGAGUUCUGGUCACUGGUCUAUGACUACGAGUGUGCUGCAGUCGUGGUCCUCUGCGUGCCUCCCAAGAAUUCUCAACAAUUUCCACCAUUCUGGCCGGAGGGGCGUCACUCAAAGAAGUACGGUCCAGUGUUCACGAUAGACCACGUCUCACACAACCACUACACUAACAUCAAGACUUGGAUAUUCAGGAUUAAUAAGAAGAUCAUUUCACUGACUGAGCUGAUGGCUGGUGUGAAAGCGCCCACGAAAACUGUCCAGCUGUUCCAGCUGACUUGCUGGCCCAUGGGUCACAAAGUCCCAUCGUCCACAAACUCGCUGGUCGAGCUCAUGAACAUGGUCGAACGAUGGCGGCAACGAACUGACUACGGACCCGUCUGCGUUGUGUCGCCUGACGGCCGAAGUCGUGCCGGCGUAUACUGCGCUGCCAACGCGUGCAUCGAGCAAGUGAUCCAACACGGCGAGGUGGACGUGUUCCAGGCAGUGAAGACUGUACGCCGGCACCGACCACAGCUUGUAGAGAACAUGGUAUGUACUUACUACGAAAUAAGACAAACUUCACGUGUAAAACAUAUCACGUCAAUUUUAAAUUAUUGUUAUUCUCCACAGACCGAAUACAAAUACUGCUACGAUCUAGUACUUCACUACGUACUGCACUAUUUAAAUAAAGACAUGAAUGAAAAGAAGUGA